GCUCUCCUUUACGGGAAGUGAUGUGGGGCCAGACGGAAAAUACCCGCCGAGGACCCAGAAAGGCCGGCGGCAGUGGACGCGGCGCGCACAGGACGGCGGGGCCGAGCCAGACAAAAAGUAACCUUCUCGAAGAGGACAUGUGAUUGGAAGUUGUCAAUUGCGGAAGUGUUGGCAACUCUGGUCUCUAAAGUUUUAGAAAAAUUGGACAAACGGUUCUCUGCCCUGUAAAGGUGAACCACUGAGUUCUUCAUUAUGUCUGAUGGGGAUUAUGAUUAUCUCAUCAAGUUUUUAGCUUUGGGAGACUCUGGAGUAGGGAAGACCAGUGUACUUUACCAGUACACAGAUGGUAAAUUUAAUUCCAAAUUUAUCACGACAGUGGGGAUUGAUUUCAGGGAAAAGAGAGUGGUGUACAGAGCCAAUGGGCCAGAUGGAGCCAUUGGCAGAGGCCAGAGAAUCCACCUGCAGUUGUGGGACACAGCGGGUCAGGAGAGGUUUCGUAGCUUGACAACAGCGUUCUUCAGAGAUGCUAUGGGUUUUCUUUUACUUUUUGAUCUGACAAAUGAACAAAGUUUCCUCAAUGUCAGAAACUGGAUAAGUCAGCUACAAAUGCAUGCAUAUUGUGAAAACCCAGAUAUAGUGUUAUGUGGAAAUAAGAGUGAUCUGGAAGACCAGAGGAUAGUAAAAGAGGAGGAAGCCAGAGGACUUGCAGAGAAAUAUGGAAUUCCCUACUUUGAAACUAGUGCUGCCAAUGGGACAAAUAUAAGCCAAGCAAUUGAGACGCUUCUGGACCUGAUCAUGAAGCGAAUGGAGCGGUGUGUGGACAAGUCCUGGAUUCCUGAAGGCGUGGUGCGGUCCAAUGGUCACACCUCUACAGAUCAGUUAAAUGAGGUCAAGGAUAAGGGGGCAUGUGGCUGUUGAAAAGUCAAGUAAGUGGUAUAGUAAUUCAAGUGGCCCAUGCCUGUGAUCUUCUCUAUGAUUGAUACCUGGUACAGUGAGAGAUGAAUGGGCGUUGUAUGUAUACAAACUGUUUCUCACCGUCUCCGUUAGACCUAUCAAUAAAGCAUCCAGUUUUAAAAUUAA